UAAUUAAGAUCAAUUGAAUCAUGUGUCAUCAUACGUUGGCUGUGCCAUAAGCUAAAAAGUUGUCAUCUCAUUUUCAAUCCAAUUCAUCUCAUUUUAUAAAUGUUUUGUAAUUUCGAACGCUUAAUUUAAAUAUUCCUCGUCAAAACGCUGUAUUUGAGAGAAGCGCCGAGUUGACCUGAUGAAAAUUAUUUUAAUGAGCGAUCAGAUAAGUUUGUGGUUAUUUAUUUAAUUCAGUUGUGAUUUACGAGAACUUGAGUCAAUAUUCGUAACGAUGCCUUUACGCUUGGAAUCAUUUUACCGGUGUUUAGCUUUAACGUUUAUUCUUUUUAGUGUUUCUAAUGCUAAUUACAAUAAUAAAUAUGAAAAUAUUGAGUACAUAAAAUUAAAAAAGACAAGUACUGAAAAAAAGUUAGGCUCAAAAGCAUGGUGGCAAACAGCUUCGUUUUAUCAAAUAUAUCCAAGAUCGUUCAAAGAUACUAACAAUGAUGGCGUUGGAGAUUUACGGGGCAUUGCAGAAAAAUUGCCGUAUUUAAAAGAAAUUGGUAUAGCAGCAACAUGGCUUUCCCCAAUAUUCACCUCACCGAUGGCAGAUUUUGGAUAUGAUAUAUCUAAUAUUACUGAAAUUGAUCCACUUUUUGGCACCAUGCAAGAUUUUGAGGACUUAAUAGCCAAAUCUAAAGAAGUUGGAGUUAAGAUUAUUUUGGAUUUUGUACCCAAUCACACCAUCUCCACACGUCCAAAUAGAACUAUGCAAAGUAUAAACAACCUAACAAAUACCAAAGACUCAUUGCAUUGA